AUGAAGUUCUUAUCGGUGAUAGCCUUUUUUAUUUUGCUUUCCUUGUGGGUUGAAGAAGCCUGUUCUAAAGAGAAGUCUUCGAAGAAAGGGAAGGGGAAAAAGAAGCAGUAUCUGUGCCCAUCCCAGCAGUCAGCAGAGGACCUCGCAGGAGUACCUGCCAACUCCACUAGCAACAUCCUGAAUAGGCUGUUGGUCAGCUAUGACCCUAGGAUAAGACCGAAUUUCAAAGGCAUUCCAGUUGAUGUUGUAGUCAACAUUUUUAUUAAUAGUUUUGGAUCCAUUCAAGAAACAACAAUGGACUAUAGAGUUAACAUCUUUCUGAGACAAAAAUGGAAUGAUCCCAGGCUGAAGCUCCCUAGUGAUUUUAGGGGCUCAGAUGCACUGACAGUGGAUCCCACAAUGUACAAGUGUCUGUGGAAACCUGAUUUAUUUUUUGCAAAUGAAAAAAGUGCCAAUUUUCAUGACGUAACCCAGGAAAAUAUCCUCCUCUUUAUUUUUCGGGAUGGAGAUGUCCUUGUUAGCAUGAGGUUAUCUAUUACUCUUUCCUGCCCUUUGGACUUGACCUUGUUUCCCAUGGACACACAACGUUGCAAGAUGCAACUAGAGAGCUUUGGUUACACAACUGAUGAUUUACGGUUCAUCUGGCAGUCAGGGGAUCCUGUUCAGUUAGAAAAAAUUGCCUUGCCUCAAUUUGAUAUUAAAAAGGAAGAUAUUGAAUAUGGCAACUGUACAAAAUACUAUAAAGGCACUGGCUAUUACACGUGUGUAGAAGUCAUCUUCACCCUGCGGAGACAGGUUGGCUUUUACAUGAUGGGCGUCUAUGCGCCGACCCUGCUGAUUGUGGUCCUCUCUUGGCUUUCCUUCUGGAUCAACCCCGACGCCAGCGCUGCCAGAGUGCCCCUAGGUAUCUUCUCAGUACUCAGUUUGGCCUCUGAGUGCACAACCCUUGCUGCUGAACUUCCCAAAGUAUCGUACGUGAAGGCUCUUGAUGUAUGGCUUAUUGCUUGUCUUCUCUUUGGGUUUGCUUCUCUGGUCGAGUAUGCUGUUGUCCAGGUGAUGUUGAACAAUCCCAAAAGAGUUGAAGCAGAAAAAGCCAGAAUCGCUAAGGCUGAGCAAGCAGAUGGGAAAGGUGGAAAUGCGGCUAAAAAGCACACUGUGAAUGGCACAGGGACUCCUGUUCAUAUUAGCACUUUGCAGGUUGGUGAGACCAGAUGCAAAAAGGUUUGUACUUCGAAGUCUGAUCUGAGAUCUAAUGACUUCAGCAUUGUUGGAAGCUUACCAAGAGAUUUUGAGUUAUCCAAUUAUGACUGCUAUGGAAAACCCAUUGAAGUCAACAAUGGACUUGGGAAAUCUCAGGCAAAAAACAGCAAGAAGCCGCCUCCUGCGAAACCUGUUAUUCCAACAGCAGCAAAGCGAAUUGAUCUUUAUGCAAGAGCGUUGUUUCCCUUCUGUUUCUUGUUCUUCAACGUUAUAUAUUGGUCUAUAUAUUUAUGAUAAAUCUUUUCCAUUUGUAGAAAAUAAUGUUCCAUUUCAUUGUGACCAACUCUGUUCUUAAAUGCCAAUCUGUGAAAAAGUUUGCAUUUUCAUAGCAAUAGAUUGCAUUUUGGAUGCCAUUUGAUUGUAAUAAAAACGUGGCAUCUUAAUUUUGAAUGGUAGCAUGACCCUGUAAUGUCUGUGCUCUACUAUUGUGUAUAUAUGUAGGGCAUACAUAUUGCUUUCGGCAUAAAUGAAGGAUACACAUACUACAUAAUAUAAACCCAGUUAUCUUCAGUUAGUAUAAACUGUAAAUACUUCAAGUAACUCAGAUAAUAAAAUAACAUGCACGCUGAGUCUUGCUGUGAUCACCGUUCUACUGUAUGUAGUAUUUCAAAUUUCCUUCCUUGUAACUUUCCAGAAAAGCCAUUUUAUUCUUGUAUAGUUUGGACAGUAUUAUCACAGAUGAAGCAAAUCUUAUUGUAUAUUGUAUUGCAUACCCUAUUAUGUAUUGUUUCAAAUUUUUAAAUAGAAAAAUAUCGGUUAUAAUUAUGUGGGCUCUGUGGAAAAAUAAAGUUCAGAAAAUUACUUAUUUGUAAAAUCAGCUCAUUUUAAAGGGCUCCAUGAUGUCAAAAUGUUGGAAAACAAAAACAGCAUGUUUGGAACAAAGAGAAAUUUGAGAUUUACAUAAAUGCAUACUGAAUCUUGGGCUUCUGAUAAAAAAAUAAAAAUAAAUGAAGAGUAGAUGUAUUUAUUGACUAUUUAGGAUAAAGGAAAUUCCAUUCAAUCUACCUUAAAACCUAAAUAAAUUUUUAUGGAUUUCAUUUUGUUGAUACAGAGUACACAAAAGCAUAGUGCCUUACAAACUUGAGUCAGGAAUAUUUUCAUUUGGAACACAGUAAUAGAUUUGUGCUUCCCCAUCAUUUUUAAGACACUGAGAAGAA